GCAUGAAAGGCCUGAUCAGAACAUAAAGCGGAGGGAAACAUCUAUAAAUACGACAGAAUUAUCGCGCUUCCGGGACUAGUCCGGAAGAUUCGGUCGUUGAAAGAUGAAGUGUUUUCAGAAGACUGCAAUGUCCGAGAUUAACUCCGCGAGUGAUCACUAUGUGUCAGUCCCCAAGUUCUAUGCCGGUUCGGAUGUGUUCAUUACCGGUGGUACUGGGUUCAUGGGCAAGGUGCUAAUCGAGAAGCUGCUCCGGUGCUGUCCAGACGUUGGCCGCGUGUUUGUGCUGAUGCGCUGCAAGCGGGGUAAAACACCCGAAGCACGAGUUCAGGAGCUGACCAAUAAUCCACUUUUCAAGUGUCUGAAGAUGCAAAGUCCCGCCAGGUUGGCCAAGCUGGUUCCGAUUUUUGGCGAUUGUAUGCAGUUACGGCUCGGAAUGUCCGAUGAGGAUAUUAACCUGUUGCGAAGUGUUUCGGUUGUGUUUCAUUUGGCUGCUAGUGUGCGGUUCGAUGAUCCGCUGAAGGACGCCAUACUGACAAAUGUGCAAUCGACAACGGAGAUUCUAGAGAUCUGCAAAGGACUACCGUCGUUGAAAGCAAUGGUUCACGUGUCAACGGCGUACAGUAAUCCUGAGCAACGGAACGUAGAAGAGCGGCUAUAUCCACCGAAAGCCGACUGGAGAAAAAUGUUAGAAUGUGCUCAAAAAUUUGAUCACGCUGUUUUAGACAUUCUAACAGAUAAAAUCACAAACUUCGCUCCCAACACCUACACAUUUACAAAGGGCCUGGCAGAACAAGUCUGUUUAGAUUAUCAGAACCAGCUUCCGUUGGUCAUCUUUCGACCGUCGGUCGUGGUUAACACCAUCGACGAACCCCUGGUCGGCUGGAUCGAUAACCUGAAUGGACCGUCCGGAAUGCUGCUGGGUGCCGGGACCGGUGUCGUUCGAACGGAUCUGAUGCCAAUCAAAAACCGCAUCAACGCCAUACCUGCGGAUAUAUGCAUCAAAGCGCUACUACUGGCGGCAUGGCGACGUGGCACGAUAGAGGCCUCCCUGCGGUAUAACUAUUUACCCGUGUACAACAGUGCAGUUGAGGGAGAACACACGUGGCAGUUCCAAAAGGUGCUGGACUGCGGCAAAGCAAACAUGAACAAACUGGUGACCAGCCAGCUUUUGUGGGUCCCCGGCGGAUCGGCGACCACGUGGCGAAUCAAGUACUACCUGAUGGUGCUGCUGGUGCACAUACUCCCAGCAAUGCUGGUCGAUGGUCUGUGUUUGAUAUCCGGAAAAUCACCGUUUUUGCUAAAAAUACAACGAAAAGUGUUUUUAGCGCAAGCCGCGCUGCGUUACUUCGCAUUCAAUCAGUGGAAUUUCGAAACCCAAAGGGUUCGAUCGCUGAGAGAUGACUUGAAGGGCAAUGAUAUCGAAAACUUUAGUUGGCAUCUGUCAGAGCAACGGAUUGACCAGUUCUAUUACGAUUGCUGGAUGGGCGUACGACGAUAUCUUCUGAAUGAUCCAGACGACACGCUACCGCAAGCCAUACGGAAAGUGCACCGCUUGAUUGUGAUCGAUCGGUUGCUCAAGACCAGCCUCGGUCUGUUGGUGGUUUGGGUGGUGUGGAAAAGUUCGCUCUUCCAAAAUUUGGUAGGUUUGAGCGGUCGAUGACGUUGGCGAACCAGGGAAUUGUGAAAUAAAGUUGAUAUUUUUCUCUAA